GGAUAGCAUGCUGCAGCGCUGUGAUCUGCUCCUGCAAAUUUGAACGAGAGAGGAAUUAAAAACGCUAAUUAAAGUCAUCAUAACUUCUCACAAAGCGUCGACAAUGUUGCUGAUAAUCAUGGGUAUUAUCUCAGGACAGUGAUUGGGGACACCUAUAAAGCCAAGUGUUAGUUCAGGUAAAAUGGCAACACUGAAGACAUACCUGACUGGCAAAGAUGGAGCGGAUUAUCCUCUUGUGCGUGGUUUCCACCUGUCUCUCUGCCAUACAUGCUCAGAAAUUCUUGUUCAGCCCAAAAUGGGGCCCGAUUGGCUAUAAAGAACGUGAAGAACACGGCGAUGGGACAGCAAUGGACGACAUCAUUAAAGCCAAUGAGUUUCAUGCUUCCCGAAUCAUAGACGGCACUACCAGUCUCAGAGAGGGGGACAUUGCUGUUACUGCUGGAAGGCGCUCCAAAGUCUGCUUCGCUCGUAGCUGCCUCUGGUCUAAGUCAGUGGAUGGACAUGUCUAUGUCGCAUAUAGACUCUCACCUGACUACUCUGAAAUGGAGACAAAGCUGAUAAAGAAAGGGAUGGAAAACAUAGAGAAAGGUACCUGUGUGCGGUUUGUCCCUCGGACUCAUCAGCAGGACUACAUCGACAUCCAGCCAAAGUCUGGGUGUUGGUCCUACCUUGGUGCACGUGGUGGAAGACAGACCGUGUCUCUCCAGAGUCCUGACUGCCUCCGGGUUGGAGUGAUUUCCCACGAGUUCAUGCACGCCCUGGGCUUUGUUCACGAGCAGUCGCGCUUUGACCGGGACAACUAUGUCACCGUCAUGUGGCCAAACAUUUGGAGGGAUCGGUUGAGGAACUUUGAGAAAUUCAAGACAGACAAUCUGAACCUGCCAUAUGACUACGGCUCAAUCAUGCACUUUGGGAUGUACGCCUACUCUCAGGAUGGAGAGCCAACCAUUGUUCCUAAGAACAUCAAGAACAUAAAGCUGGGCCAGACAUCAUCUCUCAGCCACAUUGACAAGCUGAAGAUCAACAAGCUUUAUCAGUGUGGUGACGCGGAUGAUUACUAAGCAACAAACUGAACUGAGGUGAAACUGGAAUGUACUGAAAGCCAUAUAUAAUAAAACUGAUGUUUAAUCAUGGAAACAAUUUCAAUAAAGAUUGAUUCAAGCUUUCUGUCAGCAUUUCCUCUGUGUGUUUAAACAAGCUCACGAUGUCGG